AUGAACCUGGAGCCGCCCAAGGCCGAGAUCCGGUCGGCCACCAGGGUGAUUGGGGGGCCCGUCACUCCCAGGAAAGGGCCCCCCAAAUUUAAGCAGCGGCAAACCAGGCAGUUCAAGAGCAAGCCCCCCAAGAAAGGCGUCCAAGGGUUUGGUGACGACAUCCCCGGAAUGGAAGGCCUGGGAACAGACAUCACUGUCAUCUGCCCAUGGGAGGCCUUCAACCACUUGGAGCUGCAUGAGCUGGCCCAGUACGGCAUCAUCUAG